AUGCUCCUUCUCUCCUCUGACAUCGCUUGUACUUCUUCAUCCCGUGCGUAUAUCCUCAUCCGUCAUGCGGACUACCCUCUGAGCCCCAACAAGCACAAGUGGUGUAUCGGAAACCUACUCUUCGAUGGUAGGGACAAACUCAAUGUCUCCAAGAAACCUGACUGGAUGAGUGAAAACCGCGUUGCAGACGAAGUCAGGAUCAGGAUGGAAAAUGGAGAUGAGGAGAAUGGCAUCAAAUCAGAUGACCGUCAAGACCGCCCUGAUUCUUCAAGCGUGCCAACAGCUGUUCAUAAGCAUGCACAAGUACUUAGAGGCGCGACUUUCGCCCAGGCCAAGAAAGAAGAGUUCAAGAUACAGAGAUGGUGGAGGAGAGCAUUGUCAGACAUGACGAAGCUAGUUACUAUCCAGCGCCGCUUUGUCCACAUUCAACGAGGACGAGGAGUAUAUGAUCCAGGCUAAAUUGAAUGAGGACGCUCAGGUCGCCCUUGCUAAUAGCCUUCAAGGCGGCCUUUUCCAUCGAUUCAGGGCCGCUUCUCAGGUGCCAGAGAUGCUGAAAAGUCUUUUUCGUCGAGCAAUCGAGCAUUUCAAAAUGACUAGAUGUCCGUUACUACCAUUAAGUUCAGG